AUGAAUGAAGAUUUAAAACUAGGGUCAGUAAUAUGGCCUAAUUUUUCUUCACCCUUUAAUAUAACAUGCUAUGGAUUAAAUUAUGAUGGUAAUAUUUUGGCAGUGGGUAGUCGUGAAGGGAACAUAGUACUUUUUCGAGCAGAAGGAAAUGAAAAGUUUAGCAAUAGUGAUAAUAAUAGUGGUAAUAAUAAUGAGGGUGUUAUACCGAGCAAUGAGAGUGGAAACAAAAUAUUGUCAAAUGAUUUAGAACAAGUUAAUUCGAGCAAAUGCAAUGAUGGUAUGGAAAAGAAUGGAGUAAGGGGCAACGAAUAUAGAGAGGUUGGGAAAAAAGAAAAUGAAAUAAAUGAAAAAAGUGAAAAAAAUGAAAAUAAAAGAAUAAGUAUUGAUUCAAAUUUUGAAGAGGUUAAAAAAAGUGGUAGCCUAAAUAGCAGUAGCAAUGGAAACAGUUUUGACAAUUUCAAUAAAGGUGGUGAAAAUAAUGAAGAAGGAAUGAACAACCGAAUAAAGUUAGUGCCAUAUAAUAUAUUAUUAAAUAAUAAAAAUAAUGGAUGUAAUAAUAGUGUAACACAAUUGUGUUUUGGUUUAUCUUGCUCUUAUCUUAUUGAAUGUGUAUCAAGAGAAAUAUUAAUUUCAUUAUAUGUCGAUAAUACAAUAGCUUUAUGGUCAUUGGAUGAAGGAAGGUGCUUUAAAAUUUUUAAAAAUUUUAAUUUUUAUAUUUAUAAUAUGAGAAUAUUACAAGAUAGGAGGUUUAUAUUGGUUAGUGGAUAUAAAGAUUUGUUAGUUAUAGAUUUAUGGGGUAAUCCAGAUAAGGAAGUAGUAGCUCGUUUAUCUAUAGGGAAUAAAGAAAACAAUGAUGAGGUUGGUAAAAGUAGUGAAGUUAGUGAUCUAGAAGGUAGCAAUGGUACACAUUAUGACAUUGCUGAUAGUGAUAUAAAUUAUAAAAUAUGUUCUUCUUCAUCUGAUAGCUUAGAAUCUAAUGAUUUUUCAAUGGUUAAUCCUCGAGGAAUAGAUAAUUGUAAAGAAAAUAAUGAAGGAGGUGAUGAAAUCAUUGAUGGGAUGCAUGAUGAUAUAUCUGUAAAAUAUUCGUCUCCAUCAUUAGCUACUAAUAUAAGCGAACGAAAUAGAUAUAGUAAACAUAGCUAUUAUGAUAAUUCACAAUUUUUAAAUUAUAAGCUAUAUUAUACUAAAAAAAAAAAUAAAAAUAGUAAUAAGAAUUUGAAUUUAAAAAUAUGUUGUAUUUCUGCUGGUUUAGUACCAUAUUUAAAAAAAGAAAAUCAAAGAUCUAUAAUGCAAUGUAUGAAAUUGUUAAAAAGAAAGAUUUUUAAUAAUUAUGAAAAAAGAGAAAGAAGUAAUUUAAAUUAUGGAGAUAUAGGAGGUAAUGAUAAUAAUAUGAGAGGAGAUGAAUUAGAUGAAGAGUAUAUAAAAUUAAGAGAAAAAGAAACAUAUAAAAAUUUAAAUGAUCUAUUUUAUUGUCCAAUAUUAAUAUCAGCAUGGUUAAAUAAUGGUGAUAUAAUAUGUUGGGAUUUAACAGAUUUAUUAAAUUUUUAUAAAAACAAAACAAGAUUUGUUAUAAGAACUGAUAAAACUGAAGUUGAAACAUAUAAUGAAACAAUUGAAGAUAUGGCAGAAAAUUGUAUAUAUAAUGAAUUAAUAAAAAAUAGAAUAAAUGUACCAAAUGAUAUAAAUUUAAAAUCUCAAGAUAAAAAUUUGAAGAAUAUAGAUAUUUAUGAACAAAUUGAUGGAGUAUAUAAUGUUGAUCCGAUUUUUAUUUCAAACCUUCCAAUAUCAAAAUCAGAUUUAGAAAUAUCUUCUAAUGGUAAUUCAAGUCAAAUAGCUAUUAUAGAUAAUUAUAUCAUAAUUUUACAAAAAAAUAGAUUAAUUAUUUAUGAAAGAAAAAAUGCAAAUUCUUCUUUUGUUCCACUAAUGGAUUUAUUUUGUCCUGACUUUGAUCAAUCAUGUAAAACUCGUUCUCAAAAUGCUCAUUGGGUUGGCAUACAAGUUUUGCGCGCAUCCCAAAACAACAGCUCAAAAAUAAAAUCGUACAAUAUUAUGCAGAACAUGUCGAAGAACAUUUGUGGGUGCAUUGUCGCCUGGACAACAGAAGGGAAUUUUUAUUGCUAUACUUUACCUCUAAAAUUUUCAAGCAUGUUUUUAUCUUUUCAAUCGAAUAUAAAAUCUUAUUUUUUAAUGAAGGUUGACAAAAAUUUAUUGGGUUCAUUUAAGAGUCCCGGUCCAAUUAUUUUUUACAGAAAUACAUAUAUCACAUCUGAAAAAGAUGCAGGACCCGAUGCAAAGAAUAUUUCUAAUAGCAGUUGCAUAUUCAAUCAGGUAAAACACAAUAAUGAACAAAUGGACGAUAUGUAUCUAAGUAAUAAUAAUGAAGAAAGAGUGAGUAAUAAGUAUGGCAAUAUUUAUAGUGUGCGUACAUCGAGUUAUAGUUACAAUAGUGUAAAUAAAAAAUAUUUAAAUGAAAGGGUGAAUUUAUGUGAAAUUGAAAAGAACCCAUCUUCAAUAGAAUCAAUAAAAUUGAAAAAUAAUAAUAUCUAUAAUGAAGAUACAAAUAUUUUGAAAAUAAAAAAUAAUAAUUAUCGUAAAAAUAAAUCAUCUAUAUGGGGAGAUGAUGUAUUUUUUUUAUUUGUAAACAAAUCAAAACUAAACAGAAUUAUAGUUUGUGAAUAUUUGUAUGGCAUUUGGUAUAUGACUAAUAAAAUAGAUAGUAUAUGGUUAUUAGGUAAUAAAAAAGAUAAAAAACAAAUAAAUAAUAUUUUAGAAGAUAAUGAAAGGGGAUAUAAAUAUAGUGAGAACAAUUAUGACAUAAUAAAAAGUCAAAUAGAAACAGCAAAAAAUAAUAAAAUAAUUGUAGAAAAAAGAAUUAUUAAUGAAAUUAGCAAUAAUCAUGUUUAUAAUCGAAAAGAAAACGAUGAACAUAAUGAGAAUAAAAAUAAAGAAAUAAUUACAUAUGCAUUUUGUGAAAAUAAUUUAAAUAUAUAUGUAAUAAUAAGUUAUAGAGAUACUCGAGUUGUGUGUGUAUUAAUAAAUUGUUAUAAAUAUAUAGAGAAUAAAAAAAUAAUAUAUGAUUUAUAUAUCCCUGAUAAUUUAUAUAAAAAAAAAAAUUUUAUAACAGCAUUGCAUGCCGAAAAUGAUUAUAUAAUUGGUGGAACAGAUAGUGGGGAUAUAUUAAUAUGGAAUAUUUUUAAUUUUAGUUUAGUGAAAUAUAUAAAAAAAUGUCAUUUUUCAUAUAUAUGUAGUAUAUAUAAAGUUGUUACAGAUAAUUAUUUAAAAAAAAAUAAUGUAAACAUAUCGACUGAAAGAGAAGACACAUCUUUUAUAUUAACAUGUGAUGCAAGUAACCAUAUGAUUUUAAUAAAUUUGAGUAAUAUAGAUUAUAAUAAUAAUCAUAAUAACUUUUUUUGUAAAAAUGAUGAAUGUAAUAUUAUUAUAUCUUCGGAAGAUAAUAUAGAUAGUGUGUUAUUUUGGAAGAAAGAAAAAGAGAAAUUGAAAAAAAAAAUAAUGAAAAGUAAGAGAAGCAAAAGUUUUGAGAUCAGUAUUUGUAAUAAAACAGAUAGAGUAUAUAUUAGAAGAACAAGUAGUGGUAAAAUCAAUUAUAAGAAUAAAAGAAAAAGUAGUGCUCCAACAAGUUAUGUUAAUACUACUUUUAAAAGGUCGAGUUUGUUGCAACCAGAAAAUAAAUAUAAACUAAUAAACAUUUUAAACUUUAAAAAAGCAAUAAAAAAUUAUCAAGAAAAAAAUAAUAAUUCAAAUAUGUAUAAUAUAUCAUUAUUAAAAGCCAAAAAAUCUAUUAUAAAAUUAAAAAAGAAAACAUGGGAAAAACGAUAUGAAAUGGAAAGAAAAUUAAAAGUUAUGACUCAUGUUUGUUUUCAUUGUUGUUUUAUGAAGUUAGAAAAGAAAAAUGAAAUUAAUUUUAAAUUAAUAAAUAAUGUAUAUAUAAAUAGUUAUUCUUCACUAUUAUAUAUUAGUUUAGUGAAUAAUUAUGUAUAUAUAUAUAAUUAUAAAAAUGGUAAUUUUUUAAGAUACUUAUAUGAUUCUCAAUAUUCUCAAAUAUCUAAUAUCCCAUUUGAAAAUGUAUAUACUAGGCUAGGUGUAAGUAUAUCGAACAUUCAGCUUUUAAAUAAGAUUAGAAUUGAAAAAAAUGCAACCCCCUAUUUACAUGGAUCUAGUAUCGAAAGUGAAAUAACAUCGGAUAAUGAUUAUGAUGAAGAUAGUUCAUGUUCUUCUCGACGAAGUUCGUCGUCACAUUCUUUAGAGUCAGUACAACAAUUUUUAAGCAGUGAUGGAAUGGAAAUAAGUAAUGAGGAUUAUACUACCAGUGACAGUUGCUUGAGUAAGAAGGAUAGGAUAAUACAAUUUGAAAAAAAAAAAUUUAAUAAAAUGAGUUAUAAUAAUUUAAAUAAUAUAAUUAGAGAAAAAAAUAAUAAAAAAGCAUCUUAUUUAUUAGUAAAAAGUCAAAUACCAAUUAUUAGUCACAUAUUAUUUCGGGAUAAUAACUUAUCAAAAAAAGCAUUACCUUUAGGAAGAUUAUUGUAUCAUUAUUUUUUACCUGAUAAAUGCAUAAACUUAUGUAAAGAAUUUUUUUUCUUCUUAACCGACUUUCCGUCAUUACCAUUUUCGAUGUGUAUACAUGGAAAGGAAUCAACAUGUUCAUUAAUUAUUCCAAAAUAUACUCAGCUAUUUUAUUUCUCGAAAAUGUACCCAUUGAAAUUGGAAAAAGAAAAAUUUAUAAAAAAUGUAGACGAAACAGAAAAUGAGGAUAUUAUAAAUUAUAGAAUAAACAAAAAAGAGAUGGAUAUAUUUUUAUCAGCAGAAAAAAGGAAAAAAAAAAAAAGAAAACAAUUUUUUUAUGAUUCAUUAAAUAUAGAUUAUAAUGAUAUAUAUAAUAAACAGUUUAAAAAUAAAUAUUUUUUAAAUGAUUCGUUAAGAAAAAAAUACAUUUAUUUUGGUCUUAAAAUGGGAACUAAACAAAAUGAGAAUAAACAUAAAGUUAGUGCACUAAUGAAUAAAUGGAAAUAUGAAGGUCGAGAAGAAAAUUGUAAUGGUGAAGAUAGUCAGGAUAUGUUAAAAAGAUAUAAAAUAAAUAAAGAUAGUAAUUUGUAUACAAUAAAAGUGAACGAUAAAUGGGAACUACCAAAUAGUAGUCAUUCCGUAUAUAAAGAGAUUGAAAUAAAUUAUGAAAAAAAAACAGAUAAAAAUUAUAAUAGACAUAAUAAUAAUUUAUAUAUAUUACAAUAUAAUUGUUCUAAUAAUCGAAAUAUUGAAAGAAAUAAAAAUAUAGACAUACGUAAUCGCAAACAAUGGAUGAGUUCUUAUUUAGAUGAUAAAAUGGAUGAAUGGGAUUCAUGUGAUUCUUCCUCUAGUAAAUCAAGUAUAUAUUUAUAUAUCCCUAAAAAAAAAAAAAAAAAAAAUACUCCCAAGAAAGGUCGAAGUAGUAUACGCAGAGUCAGUGGGGUUGAUAAAAAAGUUACUAUUCCAAGUAGACGUAGUGAAAUAAAAGGAAGUAAAUAUGGUGAAGAAAUGGAUAUUAAAAAGAAGGUAACAAACCCAAUAAAUACGUUUUCGAAAAGGGAAAAUAAAAAAAUAAAAAAAAGAAACAAGGGGGAUAUAUCUUACUUUUUUAAUGAUAACUCAGUUGAGAUAUGUUGUGAAAGUUUGUAUGUGAAUACUUUGUAUUUUUGUUUUAUUUUACGAUUUAUAAGUUUAUGGUUCAAAAUGUGUCGAGAUAAAUAUAAUGAUAAUAUAUUAAUAAAUUUAAAAAAAUAUAUAAUAUACAAUUUACCAAAUAAUAAUAAAAUAAAUUUAUUUUUAUUAAGUUAUAUAUCUAUGUAUCCAUAUGAUAAAAGUAUAAGAAUUCAGUUACAAAAAUUUAUGUUUAUAUUAAUACAGAAUAUGAAGAACGGAUGGCUAGAUCAAUAUUCAAAGCUAGCUACAGAAAUAUUAAGAAUUAAUAAUAAAAAAAAAAGAAUUAUAAAAAAAACAAAUGAUAAUAUAUCAUUAUAUGAUACAACAGGAACAUAUGUAAUACAAAUAAUUAUACCAAGAGUUGGAUCACAUUAUUUAUAUCCAUAUGUAUAUGCAGAUGAAAUAUGUUUAACACUUUUAUUAUUAUUAUUAGUUGUUAAAUCUAUAUAUUUAAGAAAUUCCAAAAUAUUUUAUUCAAACGCAAAUAUGGCUACACUAAUUAUUCAUCAUAUAUGUUAUUAUAUAUUUGUGGAUACACAAAAUUUGAUUGAAAAUACAUAUAAUAAAUUUAAUAAGUUUAAAUUAUUUCAUUUUAUACAUUUAUUAUCAUUAAGUUUUUCAAUAACUUGGGAUUUUGUUGUAUUAAUACAAAAAGGAAUCUUUACUAAUAAUAUGAAAAAUGUUACUUAUAGCAAUUUUAAUAUAAAUAUAAAAGAUGAAGAUUUUAUUGAUAAUGAGCAAAUUGUAAAUGAAAACUUUUAUAAAAAUUUGAAAGAUUAUUAUAUAUUGGCAAAUACAUUAGGAAAUGAAUCUUUACAUCAUUCAACAAGUGAGAUUAAUUUAAAAAAUUGUAUGGAAGAUUAUAUAAUGAAAUCUGAUACGGAUCAUAAUGAUAUGACUGAUCAAAAUUAUGAAAACCAAGAUUUAGAAUUAAGUUCAUAUGAAAAUAUUAUAUUAGAUGAAAAUAGUGGCAUAUCAAAAACAGCUAUUCGUAAAGCUAGCGAAUCUGGGGAACAUGCUGGUGUUAUUGUUAAUAGUAUUAGAAAUGAUGGAGAAAAUGAAGCUUUAAUUAAAUCUAAAAUUAUAGAGGAGAAAAAAAAACAGAUAUAUGCAGAAUUAUGUAAUAUAAAUUAUGAUGUAAAUAAAAUAUUUUCUAAUAAAAAAUGUCCAUUUAAUGAGAAUAAUUAUAUAAGUAUAUGUCAUUUUAUUUUAAAUAUUUUUGAAUUAUAUACCUUAUCAUUAAAUAAUAUCAGCUUUUUAAAAAUUUUAAUAAAUAUAGGACGUAUUGAGCCAUUUUUAUUUUUGAAGACACUACAAUAUAUAAGUUGUAAUUUACAGAAACGUGUAUUAUAUAUAAAUAAAAUAUUAUUUUUAUUAAUAAUAUUGAUAAAAAAUUAUAAAUGGAUAUUUAAAUAUUAUAUGAAUAUAAUUAUAGAUAUAUUGUUAAUUUCAUUGGAUCCAUCAAAUAAUGUAAGAAUGGUAUGCUUAAAAUUAUCAACAAGUUUAAUUUAUACACUAGUAAAAAACUUUUCGAUUUGUGCAUUUAAUAAGUUUACUCAAAGGUUAGCAGUAGCAAAUAAUGCUAAUAAAUGUAUAUAUUUAUAUGAUUUAAAAAAUGCAAAAAAAUUAAAAAUAUUUCAAGGACAUAAAAAAAGUGUAGAUUGUAUUAAUUUUAAUUCAAAUGGAACAUGUUUAGCAUCUUAUUCAAAAUUAGAUUUUUCUUUUAAAAUUUGGAAUUGUUCAAAUGCUGGAUUAUUUAGUGGAUUUUUAAAAGUUCAAUCAAAAUGCUCAAGAGAUAUACAAUUGUCUAAAAUUAAAUUAAGUUAUUUAUUUUUGUCAGACAGUUUUAUAAAUAUUACUUAUAAAAAGAAAAAUGAAUGGGUUUUACGUCGAGAAGACAACGUUACUUAUUUGAUAUAUACUUGA